UGCAGUUAUUAAUAAAUAUUCACUGGAUAUUAAUAACAACAUGCUGAUGCUAGAAAAUGUUUCAAGUGUGAUGUCAGCGUUCAUUUUUGAAUACAACACAUAGAAUUCUAAUGUAGUUAGUUUCUCUACACUCAAAUGUGGAUUAUUGUGAAAAGCAGCAUGGUUGCUGUACGUUUGAAAUACACGUCACCAUUUCGUGAUAUCUUUUAUUUGAUAACAGUGAUUUAAAGUACUGAUAUAGAAAACAAGUGCUUAAGAGUAUUAUAUUACAAAGAUGUUAUCGUGAAUGAAAAUAAUAUUGAAAAUUGUACAUCAUUAGUGAGACAUAUUUCCUAACCUAUAAUCAAGCUGUUAGCUUUUGUACAACAAAUAUUCAGUUUUGAUGUUAUUAUCAAAAGUGUCAAGUGUGUUAUAUUAAAAAAUAUGUGUUGUAAAAAGAUUUUAUUUAAUUUAUACAUCAAAUAUAAUACAACUUUAAUGUUGUAAUAAUUACUACAUUAUUAUUUAUUGGACAACUUGUCAAGCAGCUAUUUUUCUGAAAUCUAUUUCAAUGAGAAUAUUUUGACUGAAGGAUUUAUAUUGUAAUUAAAAUUAACAAUGGGACCAAAUAACGAAGAUCAAGUUCCAAAUAGAGAUCCUAACGAUGAAAGAAAUGUUGAUUGGUCUAGGUAUGGUUUACAUAAUACAGAAAUGCAAAGAAAUCAACCAAGAAAUAAUGGAAGUUAUGAAGAAUUUGGUUCAGAAAUGUAUCAAACUGGAGCAAAUGAAUUGUUUGCUCAAGAAUAUAGUUCUGAUCCAUGGUGGAAAUCGAACUUUUUCAUAUCACAACCUGUAUUGUUUGGUACUUGGGAUGGUGUUUUUACAUCUUGUCUUAUCAAUAUUUUUGGAGUUAUUGUAUUUUUAAGAUCUGGUUGGAUAGUUGGUCAAGCUGGAGCAUUGAAUGCAGUAUUGAUCAUAUUCUCAACAGUUAGCAUUGCACUAGUAACCGUAUUAUCUGCAGUGGGUAUAUGUGAACGAUGUAGAGUAGAAAGUGGAGGUGUCUACUUCUUGUUAUCUCACGUAUUAGGAUCAAGAUUUGGUGGAUCCAUUGGUCUUCUGUAUUGUUUUGGACAGGCUGUAGGUUGUGCUCUAAACGUUCUAGGAUUUGGUGAAUCUAUGGCAGGUUUAUUUGGUUUGGAUACUGCUUGGGCACAGAGAAGUUUUGCUUGUGCUGCUGUUAUUUUGUUAUCUGUGAUUAAUGUAGCAGGUGUUAAGUGGGUUAUUAAAUUGCAAUUUGUACUUCUUUUGAUAUUGCUUCUUGCUGGAAUGGAUUUCAUGGUUGGUAGUUUUACACAUGAAAAUCCUGAUGCUGGAUUUGAAGGAUGGUUGUCUGGGAAUUUAAGAAACAAUACUUUUCCUGAUUAUCAAGGUGGUUACAGUUGGUUCACAGUUUUUGGUGUCUUUUUCCCAACAGUUACUGGUGUUUUAGCUGGUAUUAAUAUGAGUGGUGAUUUGAGACAUCCAUCAACUGAUAUACCACAUGGUACAUUGGCAGCUUUAGGAACUGGAACAGUACUAUAUCUUUGUUUCUCGCUAUUCUUGGCAGCAACUUGUACUAGGGAUGCACUUCUUACAAAUUUCAUGAUUGCAUCAAAGGUUUCUGCAUUAUCAGUACCUCUUCUGGCUGGUCUUUAUGUGUCUUCGUUUAGUAGUUGUUUAGGUGCAAUGUAUGGUACACCACGUGUACUUCAGUCUAUUGCUAGUCAAAAUGUUAUUCCAGGAAUAAAUUGUUUACAAAGAGGAAGAGGACCAAAUAAGGUGCCUAUUUAUGCUAUGUUGGUUGUAGCUGCAGUUACAUUGACCUUUAUCAUUACUGGUAGGAUUAAUACUCUUGCACCUAUUGUAACCAUGCCAUUUCUUUUAACAUAUGCGUGUCUGGAUUAUGCUUACUUUGCACUUGCUCAAACUUUUGAUAUUCGACAUAUGAGAGAGCAAAGAUUUAGGACACAGUCUCCAACGUUUGAUCGCAAUUAUGGUUCCGCUAGUAGAGAUAAUUCUAUAACGGAAAUAGACAAUGAUUUAGAUAGUUUAUUUCCUGAGAGAAUAAGACAUAAGAAUUUGAGAAGCUCCAGCAUUUCUGAAAAUAAUGGAUUUGUGGAUUCAUCGCCAAGUUUAGAAGAAAACAAUGCAAGUUCUGUCGAACGUAAAGUUCAUAUUCAUAAUAAAUUAGGAAAUUGGUAUAGUCCUUUAUGUAAUAGAUGGUUUUCACUUUUGGGUUGUUUGGUGAAAUUAUUCAUAAUGUUUUUGGUUCAUUGGGGAUAUGCUAUUGCAAACAUUGUCGUUGUUUUUCUUGUAUGGAGUUAUGUAGGUCAUGCUAAUCCUGCUGUAAAGCCUGGAAUUUCAGCUGAGUUUCAAUUCUUCAAAUGGUUAAAAACUGCUUUGUUAAGACUCAUGGGGAGAAAGGUUUAUGAUUAUGAACAAAUUGUUGUAACACCUAUACCACCAGAUGUUGAAGUUUGUUCUGCACAAUUGAACGAGGAAAACGAGGAUUUUGCUGGAAGGCGACGAUAUCAUCAAACUGCUACAGUUACAGGUCAAUACGUAAACGUUGAUUAGUGGAAUUUUCUGUGGACAUUUUCUAUUAUUCAAUAAGCAUAAUUAAAACCUACAAUCUUAUCUCAACGUUACAAAGAGAUUUUUAAUAUAUACAUAAUUUUUGUUUAAUGUGUACAAUCAAAAUCUACUGUAUAAGAUCAGAAAUCUGUGUUAUAAUAUCUGCAUCGUAUAUAUGUAUAAAUUGACGUUACUUUUCUCAGUUUUAUUUUUAUCAUCGUGUUUCGUGUUAAAUGCAUACACAUAUUACACAAAAGCUAAUCUAAUGAAAAUAUAUAUUUGUGUAUUAAAAUGCGUAAAACGCAUUUGUUCGUUGAUUAGUCUUACUUACUUUGGUGAGAAAAUGUUAGUAAACAAAAAGUAUCAUUUUUAUGAAUAAUUUGACAAGAGUAUAUAAAAAUAAUGUAAGGUUUGGGAAAUGGAGAAAGGAAUGGGAAAGCUUUUGAUUGAAAUUACAAGAAAUAUUGAAAUAUAAAUAACAAUUUGAAUAAAAUAAUUUAAUUAAUCACUUAAUAUAAAUUUAGUCUAAUUGUAAGAUUAACAAACAAAAAAUUGUUAUGAUACUCAAAAUGUGAGAUGCUAUCAAUAACUGAGGACAUAUAACUAAUAUUGUAUUUGUAAUAGCUUAGAAUGAAUUACACGCACAAAGGAUAUACAUAUGUGAUGCUGCCAGGAUUAUUGAUGCAUUUAUAAUGAAUCAUAAAUAAUGUUUCCGUCUUUCGAUAUGAAUUGUUUUAGAAUUAAUUCCAGCUUUAGAAUGAGAUUAUAUAUUUAUUCUUUUAUAUUAAAUAUAAAAGAUCAUAAUUAUCGUUAAUCAUAAAUUAGAAAAUCGUUUGUAUUAUAGGACAGGGGGUCGGCAAUCUGCGGCUCGCGAGCCACAUGCGGCUCUUUAGUUAAAAGAGUUUAGUAAAAAGAAAAAACAACACAUUU